UGGCCAUGGGGCGGGCGGAGGGCCCGAGUCCCGCUUCCCCUGCGCCCUUCCACGCCUGGCCGUGCUCAGCCCGCGGCUACCUGCGCCCCGCCCCUGCCGGCCGCGCCCGAGCCCAGCGCCGCGAGCCUCUCCCCGGCGGGCUGGCUCGUGGCCCCGGAAGCGGGAGCGUUCACUUCUCUGCGAGGGGCUCCGUCUCCGCGGACAGAACGCGCGCCCCCUGGCCCGGCCGGCGAGGGGCUCCCGGCGUGGUCCCCGAGCGUUUCCCGCCGGGUGGAGCGGGCCGAGCCCGGCAGGAUGACCAGCCCCGCGGCCGCGCAAAACCGGGAGAUCGACUGUUUGAGCCCGGAAGCUCAGAGGCUGGCAGAGGCCCGGCUCGCUGCAAAACGGGCGGCCCGCGCGGAGGCUCGUGAGAUCCGCAUGAAGGAGCUGGAGCGGCAGCAGAAGGAGAUCUAUCAGGUCCAAAAGAAAUAUUAUGGGCUGGAUACAAAAUGGGGUGACAUCGAGCAGUGGAUGGAAGACAGUGAGCGCUACUCUCGUAGAUCCAGAAGAAACACAUCGGCUUCUGAUGAAGACGAGCGCAUGUCAGUGGGUAGUCGUGGAAGCCUGAGGUUGCAGCCUGACUUGGAGUAUGGGGGUCCCUACGCCUGGACAAAUGGUUAUGAUGGAGAAUUGUAUGGAUCACAGUCCCUGAAUAGAAGAUCUGGCAGGAAUUCCAGCUACAGCGGUGACAGCAGAUUCUCUACUUUGUCAUCAUCCAGGGAGGAGAAGUUGCCCUCGGAGUACAGCGGCCACCUCAACUCCAGCUCCCGCGCCUCCUCCAGGGCCAGCUCGGCCCGGGCCAGCCCUGUGGUAGAAGACAGACCAGAAAAAGAUUUUACUGAGAAGGGGUCUCGUAACAUGCCAGGCCUGUCUGCAGCCACACUGGCCUCUCUGGGUGGGACUUCCUCUCGGAGAGGCAGCGGAGACACCUCCAUCUCCAUCGACACCGAGGCGUCCAUCAGGGAAAUCAAGGAACUCAACGAGUUAAAGGACCAGAUUCAGGAUGUAGAAGGCAAAUACAUGCAGGGGUUGAAAGAGAUGAAGGACUCUCUAGCAGAAGUUGAAGAGAAAUAUAAGAAGGCUAUGGUUUCCAAUGCUCAGCUAGACAAUGAAAAGACAAACUUCAUGUACCAGGUUGAUACCCUAAAAGAUAUGUUGCUGGAGCUUGAAGAACAGCUGGCUGAAUCUAGGCGGCAGUACGAAGAGAAAAACAAAGAAUUUGAAAGGGAAAAACACGCCCACAGUAUACUGCAAUUUCAGUUUGCAGAAGUCAAGGAGGCCCUGAAGCAAAGAGAGGAAAUGCUCGAGGAAAUCCGACAGCUACAGCAGAAACAGGCGAGUUCUAUCAGGGAGAUUUCUGAUCUUCAGGAAACAAUAGAGUGGAAAGACAAAAAGAUAGGGGCGUUAGAGAGGCAGAAAGAGUUCUUUGAUUCCGUAAGGAGUGAACGGGAUGAUCUUAGAGAAGAAGUAGUCAUGCUGAAAGAGGAAUUAAAGAAACACGGAAUAAUCCUAAAUUCAGAAAUAGCUACCAAUGGAGAGACUUCCGACACUCUCAAUAAUGUUGGAUACCAAGGUCCUACCAAGAUGACGAAAGAAGAGUUAAAUGCCCUCAAGUCGACAGGGGAUGGGACCCUAGGAAGAGCCAGUGAAGUGGAGGUGAAAAAUGAAAUCGUGGCGAAUGUGGGGAAAAGAGAAAUCUUGCACAAUACUGAGAAAGAACAACACACAGAGGACACAGUGAAAGAUUGUGUGGACAUAGAGGUAUUCCCUGCUGGUGAGAAUACCGAGGACCAGAAAUCCUCUGAAGACACUGCCCCAUUCCUAGGAACCUUAGCAGGUGCUACAUAUGAGGAACAGGUUCAAAGCCAAAGUCUAGAGAGCACUUCUCUCCCUGAAAACACAGCACAGGCUGAGUCAGAUGAGGUCAUGGGUGCACCAGAUGACAGGACCAGAACUCCCCUUGAGCCAUCCAGCUGUUGGAAUGACUUAGAUGGCGGGAACCACACAGGGAAUGUGGGAGAGGCAGCGGCGACUCAGGUUGGAGAGCAGGCAGGCACAGUGGCCUCAUGUCCUUUAGGGCGUAGUGAUGACACAGUUUAUCAUGAUGACAAAUGUACAGUAGAGGUCCCCCAAGAGUUAGAGACCAGCACAGGGCAUAGUUUAGAGAAAGAAUUCACCAACCAGGAAGCAGCUGAGCCCAAGGAGGUUCCAGUGCAGAGUACAGAAGUAGGUAGGGAUCACAACGAAGAAGAGGGUGAAGAAACAGUAUUAAGGGAUGAGAAACCAAUCAAGACAGAAGUUCCUGGUUCUCCAGCAGGAACUGAGAGCAAUGGUCAGGAAGUGACAGGUCCAAGUACAGUAGACACUCAAAGUGAAUCCUUAGAUAUGAAAGAGCCUGAGGAAGAAAAGAAUGACCAACAGGGAGAGGCACUGGAGUCAUCGCAGAAGAAGACAAAGAACAAGAAAAAGAAAAACAAGAAGAAAAAAUCCCCAGUACCUGUAGAAACCCUUAAAGAUGUUAAAAAAGAGUUAACUUAUCAGAACACAGAUUUAAGUGAAAUUAAGGAAGAAGAGCAGGUAAAGUCUACUGACAGAGAGUCCGCAGUGGAAGCCCAAAACGAGGCGCCUGAAAAUCCAAAACAGAAAAUUGCGGCAGAAAGCAGUGAAAAUGCUGAUUGUCCGAAGAAUCCUAAAAUUAAGUUGGCUGGAAAACUUGACCAAGAAGGCGAUGAUGUAAAAACAGCAGCUGAGGUGGUACUAGCUGAUGGAGCCACAUUAGAUUUUGAGGAUGACACAGUUCAAUCAUUAGGCCCGAGGGCUGGUGGUGAAGAAUUAGAUGACGGUGUUGCAAAAGAUAAAGCUAAAACAGAUGGCGCCACUCAAAGCAGUCCCGCAGAACCAGAGAGUGAAGACGCAGAUAGCUGCGCCCUGCCCGAAAAUGAAAGUCCCUCACAGGACAUUAGCGAUGCCUGUGAAGCAGAAAGUACAGAGAGGUGUGGGAUGUCAGAACAUCCAAGUCAGACUGUCAGGAAAGCUUUAGACAGCAAUAGCCUAGAAAAUGAUGACUUGUCGGCACUGGGAGGAGAGCCGGGGGACUUCAAUCCAGAAAGCAGAGAAGAUACCAGAGGAGGGAAUGAGAGGGGCAAAAGCAAAGAAGACUGUACCAUGUCCUAAGCUGAGGCAGGCGGCAGGUGUGGUGCCCAGGAAGUCUGAGUGUGAGGGGCUCUUUUCUCCACUGCCAAUGUAAGCAGAAUGUUGUAAGUUCAUAGAGGUGCACUGUAUGCCCAUCACCAGGUGAUCUGCUGCUUUAAGUUAUAGACUGUUACUUGUAGAUUUCCAUGUAAUCAUUGAGGUUAUCACCCAGAUUAGAAAGACAUAUUUGUUACCAGUGUACGUUCUAAUUGAGAGCAUUCCAGUAGUAUCAAACAAUAAUGUCUACUGUUUAUAGUCCACUUAAUAAAAUAGAAGCAUUUACCAUUUGCCUUAGGCUGAUAGGAAUGUGGAUAUUCUUGACCAAAUAUAUCAGCAUCUAAUUGAAAUGACCAAAUAGCAUUCUUAGACUUAUGUAUUAUGAAUAUAAUUGAUAUUUAAUGUCUUGUUCACAUAUGUGUAUUUUCAUAUUUGAUUUUAAAAUGUACAUUAUAACCUGUAUGGUAUUUUAUUUAAAGGGGAUAAACAGCCAAAUAGCAAAUAGGUCACUGAAUGAUAAGAUUUGCACCUUAGAACAAUAGUCAUUUUAAGGAUAACAAGUAAACGUCUGAAAGCACGAGGGGCUUUGUUUGCCUUCACCUCAUAGAAGUCUUUGAUCUUGAACCAAUGCUUUUGGAUCUCAUUGUUGAUAUACCUGAAUUUACUCUGUAGGAGAUUUUAACUUCACUUCAUACUGAUGAUGUAUCAAUUUCAUUUUAUAGAAAGAUUUAAAGGUUUUUUUCUGGUAGUGAUAUAUGUCAAAUUACAUUUCC